AGGAAGAUACAGACCCAUGCGCUAAGGAAAAAAGCUGUAGCAGCCCAAGAUUAGAAAACGAAAAGGACGAAAAACUAGGUCCUUGCUAGUACGUGACAUAAGUCUGGGUUUUGGGGCUGCUGUUUACCUCAGGCGCUAAGGCUGUGACUGAUAAAUAAGAAACCAGCAAGCUAUGGAGGUCAGAGGGUUCUACUUCCCAAGACAAAGGCAAGUUGUAUUUCUCUUUCUAUUUUGGGGAGUGUCCUUGGCAGAUUCUGGGCUUAGACGUUAUUGGGUAACAGAGGAAACAGAAAGAGGAUCAUUUAUAGUCAAUCUGGCAAAAGAUCUGGGACUAGCAGAGGGAGAGCUGGCUGCAAGGGGAACCAGGGUGGUUUCAGAUAACAAACAAUGCUUGCUUCUGGAUUCUUAUACUGGGGAUUUGCUCACAAAUGAGAAACUGGACCGAGAGAAACUGUGUGGCCUCACAGACCCCUGUAUGCUGUAUUUCCAAAUUUUAAUGGAUAACCCUUUUCAGAUUUAUCAGGCUGAACUGAGAGUCAGGGAUAUAAACGAUCACUCACCAGUGUUUCGCAACAAAGAGAUGGUCUUAAAAAUACUAGAAAACACACCAAAAGGGACAACAUUUCGACUAGAAAGAGGACAGGAUUCAGAUGUAGGACUUAAUGGAAUCCAAAACUACACCAUCAACUCCAACUCUGUUUUCCAUGUUAAAAUUAGUGACAGUGAUGAAGGUAUGAUAUAUCCGGAGUUAGUGUUAGAUAAAGCACUGGAUUGGGAGGAGCAGAAGGAGCUCACUUUAACCCUCACAGCUCUGGAUGGUGGAUAUCCACCAAGAUCUGGGACUUCCACUAUACGAAUAGUGGUCCUGGACAUCAAUGACAAUGCUCCACAGUUUGCUCAGGCACUGUAUGAGGCUCAUACUCCAGAAAACAGCCCAGUAGGGUCCCUUAUUGUUAAAGUCUCUGCAGAAGAUGUUGACUCUGGGGUCAAUGCUGAAGUGUCCUAUUCAUUUUUUGAUGCUGCUGAAGAUAUUCCAACAACUUUUCAAAUUAAUUCUUUUUCUGGAGAAAUCAUUCUCAGAGAGUUACUUGAUUAUGAAUUAGUAAAGUCUUACAAAAUAAAUAUACAGGCUACCGAUGGUGGGGGUCUUUCUGCAAGAUGUACAGUUUGGGUCCAGGUAUUAGACACCAAUGACAAUCCUCCUGAACUGAUUAUGUCAUCACUUUCCAACCACAUUGCUGAGAACUCUCCUGAGAUGGUACUGGCAGUUUUCAGGAUUAUAGACAGAGAUUCUGGAGAAAAUGGAAAGAUGGUUUGUUACAUUCAAGAUUAUCUGCCAUUCCUGCUGAAGCACUCAGUGGACAAUUUUUACAUACUAAUGACGAAUGGAGCCCUGGACAGAGAAAGCCAAGCUGAGUACAACAUCACUAUCACUGUCACUGACCUGGGGACACCCAGGCUGCAAACCCAGCAAAACAUAACAGUGCUGGUCUCUGACGUCAAUGACAACGCCCCCACUUUCACCCAAACCUCCUACAACCUGUUCGUCCACGAAAACAACAGCCCCGCCCUGCACAUAGGCACCAUCAGGGCCACAGACAGGGACUCAGGCACCAACGCCCAGGUCACCUACUCCCUGCUGCCACCUCAGGACCCUCACCUGCCCCUCGCCUCCCUGGUCUCCAUCAACGCCGACAACGGACACCUGUUCGCCCUGAGGGCGCUGGACUUUGAGGCCCUGCAGGCGUUCGAGUUCCGCGUGGGUGCCACAGACCGAGGCUCCCCCGCGCUGAGCAGCGAGGCGCUGGUGCGCGUGGAGGUGGUGGACGCCAACGACAACUCGCCCUUCGUGCUGUACCCGCUGCAGAACGGCUCUGCGCCCUGCACCGAGCUGGUGCCCAGGGCGGCCGAGGCCGGCUACUUGGUGACCAAGGUGGUGGCGGUGGACGGCGACUCGGGCCAGAACGCCUGGCUGUCGUACCAGCUGCUCAAGGCCACGGAGCCCGGGCUGUUCAGCGUGUGGGCGCACAAUGGCGAGGUGCGCACCGCCAGGCUGCUGAGCGAGCGCGACGCGGCCAAGCACAGGCUGCUGGUGCUGGUGAAGGACAAUGGCGAGCCUCCGCUGUCCGCCAGCGUCACGCUGCACGUGCUGCUGGUGGACGGCUUCUCCCAGCCCUACCUGCCGCUCCCGGAGGCGGCGGCGGAGCAGGCCCAGGCCGACUCGCUCACCGUCUACCUGGUCAUCGCCUUGGCCUCGGUGUCCUCGCUCUUCCUGUUCUCGGUGCUGCUGUUCGUGGCGGUGAGGCUGUGCAGGAGGGACGGGGCGGCCUCGAGACUGAAUCUCAUGGUCCUCACCACCUGCCUAUUGUAGUUCCUUCAUGUAAGAAGUCAUCCACCCUUGGAAACUUAUUUGCCAUGUCAUUCUAAAUCACAGCAUUAGAAAGAAACAUCUCUUUAUUAAUGUAUUCAUAGUAGAUGAAAUGCUAUUGCAUGAUCGAUAUUGGACUCCAAUAAUAUCUUUGUCUUUGUAUUGUUUUCUUUAAAUACACUGUUUUUAGUUGGCUAAUAUUUCUAUGUUCUUUUUGUUGAUAAUAUAUGUUAUAAGUAUAUGUGUGUAUAAGGGAUUAUGCCUCAUAAUUCAAACAAAAUUUUUAAAUGCA